CGUAAGUUUGUAAACAAAAUAGGCCUUCUGGUCAUACAAGAACAAACGAAUACAUUGAAGUACCUGAGUAUUCCGAAAAAUAGUCACCUGAUGCUUGUUAGGUAAAGUUAAACAACACAAGGAAAAUGAGAUGGCCGAAAUCAUCAAUCUGUUCCUUCUGGUCAGAUUUUAGGGAGGAAUAUGGAUUUCUGAACCGUUGAUGAAGCCUCGUCCUCCUACGAAGUAAGCAGCCUUUCCCUCAUUUCGUUAUCGUUGGCCACAACUUGUUCCUUCUUUCUAUGUCCUCCGGGCUGAGAUGCUCGGUGAAACGCAUACCAUGGCUCUGAAGGAAGGCGUUCUGCCUAGCAGCUUUCCUGACAGCAUCCCUGUAGAAUCAAGCAGUGAAGAGGAUGAUGAUACCCCUUGGUCUUGAAUCAUUUUGCUGUUGCUUCUUGCCGAGGCGAUGCACAACGUCGAUGGUAUUACCAACUUUGUUCUUCUCUGCAGGCUUAACUUCUUGGCAGAUACGGAUAGCCUCUCCUCGCACAUCCUCAUUCUCCACCUCUGGCACGCCGUAGAGUCUCAGGUUCCAUCUUGUGUAUUAUUCCAGAUCAGUGAGACGUCUAUGGUAGACAUUGUUAUUCUUUCCCACACUUUUUUCAACUUUUGCCCCUCUCAUUUUCACAUCCUUUCACCACAUGCAAACUCCAGUCUUUUUCAUGCCUUCGAUAACCAUUUUCACAAUGGCGUCAGACCUGGAGUUGAUGACAGAUGGCGGUAGCGUUUUUUUCCAGCAGCAACUUGAUUUACGGGGAGAACCCAACCAACAUGUCAGCCUACAUGUCCAGAUCAUGUUCAGAAUUGUCAUGACAAGAAUUCAAGACAAAUGGAAGUCCUACAGACACAGAUUCGUUCCGUGGAUUGCAUUGAAUCUUCGUAAAAAUGAGAGAACUAUUCGCCAGGUCACAGAGCGCUCAAAAGACAGGCUGGCCUCGGAUGAGGUGGUGUUAGAAACACUACUACAUCUUUUUAGGGCACUGCUCAGAAAUGACGUUGCACACCAGGAAGAGGUGUUACGUCUGCUUCCCGCCUCGACUCAAACCCGCUACCUCAGCCCAGAGACCACUGAGGGACCAGACAUAGGAGAACCAAAAGGAGAGCAUGGGCCCAUCGAGACGAUGUUCCUGACGGUUGGGUUCUGUAUUGAGCGAAAGCCUAGUUCCUUGCCGUUCGCUGGAACAGGAGUCUUUGUUACCAGGGGCUUUGUGCCUAAAGGAGCUACAGUGGCCAUGUACCCAGGGACCAUCUAUCAAGCAUAUGAGCCCAUUCUCUUCCAGUCCAUUUGGAACCCUUUUGUAUUCAGAUGCAUAGAUCAUGUUUUGAUUGAUGGCAAUGACAAAGGCAUCUCUAAAAUAGUGUACAGGUCGUGCAGUGGAAGAGACAGGCUUGGUCCUUUCAGGUUGAGUGACAUCACUUGGUUGACAGCCAAUACAGAAAACCCGCUAGCAGUGGGUCAAUAUGUGAACAACUGCUCAAAUGAGAGGGCUGCAAAUGUGUGCUAUCAGGAGUAUGAUGUGCCUGAAGCAUUUCCUCUUGAACUUCGCCAGUACCUUCCCAAUGUGAACUACAGACAUGACACGCAAAGGCCUUUACGAUGUGUGGUCCUUGUAGCGUUAAGAGACAUCCGUCCAGGGGAGGAACUAUUUUCUAACUACUUCACCAUUGUGCAUUAGGUCACAUUUUAAAACUGGUACUACCUGAACUUGUUCAAGAAGAAACACUUGGCUACAGUGUGCCUUAGUGCACACAACCCAGGUCUAAGAUUUUUGAACACGUAAGAUUAUGAAAAGUACUUAUUCAACUAGUCAAGUGAAAGCCCCUCUGAAGAACUGUGGCCAGAUGAUUCUGUGUAGCCUGAGGGAAGACAACGAAAGAGACUGAAGGAAGAAUGGAGAACAUGAAACUGAGAACCAUAUUCAUAAGAACAUUUUCCUUUAUUUCUGCAUCUGUACACACGAUUUGUCUGGAACAAAAUAUAUAAAAUAUUCAACGAAAGUG